AUGGGUCGCUGGUCGUAUCUCGACUCCGAUGAAGAGCGCCUGCCGGUCGGUAUGGUGCGCGUUGGCUACGACGCCGACACUCAAACUUACACCUACCGCGACCUAAACGGUACCUACUGGACAGGUGCGCCCGGUGCUCGCUACGGCGAGCUACAUCGUAUCCCCUCGCGGAAGACCCGGCCUUCCCAAAGCAACAGAACCUCCCCGGUGUCUAACACCAAUAUAUGGGUUGACACGGCUCGCGAUCGCGAUGACAGGUCCCCAACCAACAAAGACUCUACUAUCGCCACAACGAAUGCUCUCUCAACCGACUACACCUACGACUACACCGAGAAAUGGACCCAAUCUCUAUCCCCGGUCUCACCAAGCCACUCCCCCCAAGUCCCCACAAUGACGCAAACACCCAGCACCCUCAGCCCCACCGUCGCCGCAACGCCGGCCCCUCCUCCCCACAGCGGCGCCGAUUACCCGCUCCCUGCAUCCCCGACCACCCACCGACCUCUAUUUAAGGCGCCUAGCCCCGAGUUACACCACCCACGGCCGAUAAAGCGCACGGGCAGCACGCUGGCACGUCUGGCGCGCUUCCUUUCCACUGCCUCUAACGCCUCGUCCAGUCCUGGGUCAAGGACAGGCUCGCUACGUCGGCGUGCAACAGUUGCGGAAAAGUGUAUUUCGAGAAGUGGGAACGCAACCACUUCACCGAUUCCGACUCCAAAUUUAGCGGCUGCUGUGAGUGAGAAGCCUCCUCAGGAGCUGCACACGCCUGCCUAUGGGUAUGGACAUGCGCAAGGGUAUGGGCACGGAUAUUUUGAUACGAAGCAGGGUUUGGCUAGGAGCCAGACGCUGCGCGUUCCGCUGCAGCUGAAGGAGACUGGGCCUGGGCCUGGGCCGGGACCUGGACCUGAAACGGGAACAGGGAACGUAAGUCCUGCUGUGACGAGAGCGACGACGUUUGAUGAGAUCCUCGCGGGUAUUGAGAAGGAUAAGCUGGAAGCUCAGAAAAAGGAGAAGAAAAGAAAGUGA